AGGAUAACGGAGACCGUGGACGCCAUGGCGACGGCGUCCAAUUCCUCGGGCCAGACCACGCGAGAGCGCUCCAUCGUGACGCUGGAUGGGUAUGUGAGUCGAGGCCAGGCUCCUCCUUACUCGGUGCCUCGAGAUUACGCCAUGCUGCAGGAUUUCGCGGCGUAUCUAGAGCUGCGCCUCAAGUGUGUCAACAUGUCGAUGCUGCGUCGCAUCUUCGCCGACUUCCUCAACGAGCAGGAGAACACACUGGUCCCCAUGAUGCAGCAGGGCUGUACGAUCAUCACCAUCUACCCGGUGUUGAGAACCAGCGCGCAGAGACGUCAAAAGGCCGAAGCUCUGCUCGCCAAGCCAAAGCACUACCUGGAUGCACGCGGAUGCGUCUUCCUGUAUCUCCAGCACCGCACAGCGACGCGGAACAUGGCGCUACUUAAGCACUUGCUCCUCGAGUUCGUGUGCAGACGGGAGACGUCGCUGAUGGCGUUCGUGGAGAGAGGAUGUCAAGUGAUCAGCGUCAUUCCGUUUGAACUGCCGCAGAUGCUGCCACCGACACGUCCGCCACCGCCUCCAGUGACUCAAGAGUCUCCUUGCUCGGUGGAUACUGCAACCGAGCGACAGCAAGUUGUGUCGGAGCCUGUGGUGAAGACAACCACGAAGAAACGCAAAAGAAAAGCUGUGUCUAAAGCGUCGACAGUCUCAGCCUCCGCUGAUGACGCUGAUGUGGCUGCACCCGUGGCCACACAAAAGAAAACGAAAGGAAAACAGAAACAGCAGCCUGAAGUCUCAAUAUCUAUUGGAGAGUCUGAGGCCAGGACUAAGCGUCGACGCAGAAGUAGGGAGUCUACAACCAGAAAGAGUACAAGUGCGCCACCAGCGUCGAAUUCGGCUGCCGAGUUGACCCCAAAGCGUAGUAGAAGGACGAGGGCUAGCACGGCACCGCCACAGGAUGCAACAUCUGCAGCCGUUCCAGAGCCGGUCGUAUCAACUCUGAAGCGUGGGAGAAAAACAAAAGCUACCACGGCAUCACCACAAGAUGCAACCUCUGUAGCCACAGCAGCAGAGGUGGGGUCUGUCGUGGCAGAAGUUGUAUCAUCCUCUGCUAAAUCAGCUCCGAGUCGUGAGACUGACACGGUGCCGCUACAUGAAGCAGCCUCUCUAGCCACAUCGGAACCAGUGGAGCCUCGAUCGAUAAAGACAGCUAAGUCGACCAUUAAACGUGGCAGAAAACCAAAGACGCCACUACAAGACACUGACUCUGAAUCCGCAACGGAGACGGUGGAAUCUGCUGCGACGGAAGCUCAACCCGCUGCAAAAUCGACUCCAACGCGUGGUAAACAGGCAAUGGCUAGCCCUCUACCGCAACAAGAAGCAGACUCUGUAGCUGCAACGGAUCUAGCUGAUCCUGCUACGAUGGACACUGCUAACUCGACCCCAAAACGCGGCAAGAAGUCGAACUCUAGCUCUGAGAAUCCACUGGAUGCGACGCCUCCAGCCGUGUCGGAACUGGUCGCACCUGCUGUGGCGGAACCUGCUACAUCGACUCUAAAGCGUGGCAGGAAGGCAAAACCUCGCACGACGUCACUACAACAUGCAGCCACAGAAUCCGUACUGGACGUGGUCCAGUCUGUAUUGAACGACCUGGUAUCUCGAGUUUCUGGCGAGGUCCCAGUCCUGAAGCAACAUCGAAAACGCAAGUCCGAGGCUGAAAAGCUGAAAGCUAGCGAAGGAAAGUCACGCAAGCGCAGUAAAGCAGCAGGUGACAAGCCAGCCAAGCGAGGGAAGCCAGUGAUGAGCGAGGAAAUGUGCCGAAGCCAACUGGACUUAGCUCGAAAGAUGGAGGCUUUUGAGGCCCAGAUCCCGUGGGAGGCAGCCUAUAACAACUUGUCGCCUCCGUUCGACGAAGUAAAACACCCCACACUUGCGCUAAAAUUCCGCAAGUUCUGGCUCAAACACACACACGCUGUGUGGGAGCGCGAGUUCUGGGCGCCCAUGUCUCGCAAACUCAACCUCGCGGAGUUCAACAAACGCAACAACCGUCAACUCGCAGCCAAGAACGCGUUCGAGUCUCUGAUCAUUUGUGCGUACGAAGAGCUUGGCGCGGAGUUUUUCGUGAAAUUGGACUCGCAGAAGCCGCGACACCCUGGGUGGUGGUACCGUGGCCCCGUUGUGGCUCUGUUUGCGCUGCAGCAGAUGAAGGGCGAGGAUGCCAUGUGGGAGUACGUUAUGAACCAAGCUCUUAAACGCUUCCCAGACUGCAACCUGCCUCUUCCUCUGUCAGCCUCGAAUAGUGGUGCAAUGCGCAUCCGUCACAAACGAGAGAGUGUAUCCAUGUGGAUUGCCAACCACCAACAAACAGCGGGGAUUCUGGAAGAGAUGGCUGCAAUUAAGGCACAAGAAGAGGCUGGAACGGUGGAGGCUAGUGGCGAGUUGGAGAGUUCAGGAACGGAUUCUGUGGCCGUGUGAGGGGAUCAAGAUUUUUGUUAAAAGGCUGGGGUAGUCUGCCCGAAGAUUGCCAGUUGUGAAUAUGUGGAUAUCGUGGUAUUUAGGAAGAUGAGAAGACUACACGUCUACGGUAAAUAGUCUUACCGAGUCUAUUUUGUGUUUAUG